UUGAUCUAUCUGUCCAUCUGAGCAGUUCGUUGAUUUGCCUCGCCAGUCGGCCACUCCGCGUUGCCUCUCUGUCUUUUCUCUCUCUUUUUCUUAUUUCUCUGUCUCUCUGUCUCUCUAAAACAAACCCAUCCUCUCAAGUCUCUCUCUCUCCCCUCCCAAAAAGCAACAGCCGAAGCCCCCUUUCAAAUCCUAACUGUCGCUUUACCUUCACAAACCCUAAAAGAGACAGAAGAGAGAGAGAAGCGCAGAAGAAACAGAGAGAGAGAGGCGCAGAGAGAGAAAGAGAGAGAGCAAAGCAAGAGGCACAUGCUCCUCCCCCAGGUUGGUUUGUACGAUUAGAGAAUACAAGUGCUGAAGACGAUUUGUAUUUGAGGAAGAAAGUCAGGAUGCGCAGGUGGCUCUGUUGUGCUUGUCACGUCGAAGAGUCUUAUCCAUCAAACGAAAAUGAACGCCUGAAGAGCCCAAAUCACUAUGGAGAUGGGAACCAAAAGGGAUCUAAGGUGUCAGCUCCUGUAAAAUCUGAAGUACAGAAGGCUGCUCCACCUAUUGAAGUGCCUCAAUUAUCUGUGGAGGAGCUGAAGGAGAAGACUGACAAUUUUGGAUCCAAAUCAUUGAUUGGUGAAGGUUCAUAUGGGAGAGUAUAUUAUGCAAGCUUGAAUGAUGGUAAAGCUGUUGCCGUGAAGAAGCUUGAUGUUGCAUCUGAACCUGAGACAAAUGUUGAGUUUUUGACCCAGGUUUCCAUGGUUUCAAGACUGAAGCACGAAAAUCUUGUUGAGUUGCUUGGUUACUGUGUUGAUGGAAAUCUGCGCGUUCUGGCUUAUGAGUUUGCAACCAUGGGAUCUCUACACGACAUAUUACAUGGUAGAAAGGGAGUUCAGGGGGCUCAACCUGGUCCUACACUAGACUGGAUGCAGCGGGUAAGAAUUGCAGUUGAGGCGGCUAGGGGGUUGGAAUACUUACACGAAAAGGUUCAACCUGCUAUCAUACACAGAGAUAUAAGAUCUAGCAAUGUGCUUCUCUUCGAAGAUUUCAAAGCCAAGAUAGCAGAUUUUAAUCUGUCGAAUCAGGCUCCUGAUAUGGCUGCUCGUCUUCACUCUACUCGAGUUUUGGGAACAUUUGGUUAUCAUGCCCCAGAGUAUGCAAUGACAGGUCAAUUGACGCAAAAGAGUGAUGUCUACAGCUUUGGAGUGGUUCUUCUAGAACUUCUGACCGGGAGGAAACCUGUUGAUCAUACAAUGCCUCGUGGACAGCAGAGUCUUGUUACUUGGGCUACUCCAAGGUUGAGUGAAGACAAAGUUAAACAAUGUGUUGAUCCAAAGCUGAAGGAUUAUCCUGCUAAGGGGGUCGCAAAGCUGGCAGCUGUUGCAGCACUGUGCGUGCAAUAUGAAUCUGAAUUCCGGCCAAAUAUGAGCAUUGUUGUGAAGGCUCUUCAACCGCUUCUGAAGCCACCACCACCGGCUCCGGAGUCUUGAAGGCAAGGGCCUCAGUCGUUCCUUGUGCUGGAAUUUCUGCGUCCUUGAAACACUCUGCUUUCAACUGCCUCCCGCUGAUUUCAUCGUAAACAUUAUAUAUAGUUUCAUUUUUUUACCUUUCAUAUAUGAGAUUGGGUGUGUAGGAUUGGUUUGGCCAGUUUCAUGUCAUUGCUGAGUGCUGCAUGUCUAACUUUUUUUUCGCCAUGAAUUGACUUGGGGGUUGGAUUGUGAGGUGGAUAUAUUUUUCGCUGAAUGUUUGCUUUCUUCGACUUCUGUACUCUUAAUGAGCUAUCACAGCGUAUGUUUUGCAACGGAAAAUGUAAUAUAGGGUGAAUAUGAUUGUGCA